AGGGAGAGAGAGAGAGAAGCAGUGGGAAAGAGGCAGGCAAGAAAUUUCUAAAGGUAUAUUUGGAAAGAGAGAGAAAGGUGAAAUAAAAACAAAAACAAAUUGAAGUUUGAGAAAAAAAAAAAAAAAAACGUGAGGCCGAGGAGGAGCAGAAGAGCAGGAUGAGAGGAAGUGUGAGAAUGUCAGCGUAGGAUUUCCUCAUCAACAUGGAAAGCCGAGCCGCAUGGAUCUGACAGUCCCAGAGGAUCAAGAGAACGUUUUCCGUGUUCACCCAUCAUGCAAAAGCAGGCAGGAACGGCCCCCUCUUCUCGGGGUCCUAGUGCCCCUGGAUCCCCAGCCACUUCCAUUGUGGCCAGAAUGGAUAAUCAUCUGAUCGGAUAUAAGGACUUAGCAGCAAUUCCUAAAGACAAAGCCAUCCUGGAGGUGGAGAGGCCCGACUUGAUGGUGUAUGAACCUCAUUUCAACAUGUCAGCUUUGGAUCGUAUCAGUCUGUCCAGGAGCAGAGAGAGAUCGAUGUCACCUCAUUCCAUCUCUCCCCCACCUUCCCCAGAGAUAUUUAACUCUAAAGAAAAGGAGUGGGUGGAACAUGACUCGCCUGGCGCAUCCUCCGUGGGCUCGACCGUGCAGAUCCGCAAAAUAAGCACCUCCUCCAGAGGCCCCUUACAGCACUUCCACAGACCAGAUAACGGAACCAACAUCUACAGCAAGCCUCCCAUUUACAAGCAUGAAGCAUCAGCAGCAUCUCAAAAUAAGCAUAAAGAUGACGUCAUCAUCUUGUCCUCUAAGUUCCCAGCAGCCCAGCCUCCUGAUCCCAGCCAGCCGUCCAAAAUAGAGACAGAGUACUGGCCCUGUCCUCCAUCACUGGCUAGCAUGGGCCUGCACAUGCCGCAUGACUCUGUGUCUCUCCCUGUAGAGAUUGAAUGGAAGAGAAAGGCAGCAGAACAGGGCAAAGUUGUAGAGGACGACGAAUUUGAGGACCUGACUGAGGACGCAAAAAAGGUGCAGGAGCAGGAAAUGAACAAAAUUCAGUCUAACCUGGGUAAGCUGAUCUUGAAGGAGGAAAUAGAGAAAUCAGUGCACAUCCGGAGGAAAACACGCUCGCUGCCUGACAGGACACACAUGCACUUGGUUGCAUCCAGUGGUGCAUCGAAAUCUGCCACUUUACCCUCCUGCAAUCGCUCUGGCCUUUCUCGGCUGCAGUCUGCUGAAUUUGCCUCCAUAGACAGUGAAAAAGCCAGAACAGGACUUCAGGUGAAGCUCGUUGUUUGUAUUAUCACAUGCUUGUUGCUGCUGGUAGAAAUAAACGGAGACACUCAGAGAGGGAGAAUGGAUCGAGGAAACUCGCUGCCUAGCAUGCUGGAGCAGAAGGUUUAUCCAUAUGAAAUGCUCAUUAUAACCCACAGAGGGCGCUGUAAGCUUCCACCUGGAGUAGACAGAACCAGACUAGAGAGGCAUCUCUCUCCUGAAGAGUUCCAGAGUUUAUUCGGGAUGCCGAUCGCAGAAUUCGAUCGUCUGUCUCUGUGGAAAAGAAAUGAACUGAAGAAAAAGGUUUCUCUUUUCUAACACAAAGGAUCUGCCUAUGGACAAAAGCAUUCUCUGAUACUAACACAACUCAGACGUUUCAGGAUAAGUAAACCACACAUAAUCCACCGUUAACUAUUGACACGUAUCAUACGGCUUGCGUACGUCUAUUAUAGACCCGUGCUCUCUGUGUGCAGUAAGUCAAAAAUACAAAACAACAUAUCUGUAUGUUAUGAAACAGAGGUCAAAAAUCACAACCCCCUCCUCCUGAAGAUUUUCCUUCCUGUAAAGCUCCAUAUUUCCCAGAUUUUCUGUUUAGAUUGGAUGUGGGACUUUGUAUAUGGGUUUGUCUAGGAAAUCGAUUGGAUGCUAUAAAUUGGCCCCAAAUCUCAUUCAGGGUGUGGCAAUGACAUGGACAGAGUGGGUAUGUAGGAUGGAUGAACGAGAAAAGCAAGAUUGAGUUGGACGAAUACAAUACAAUUUGAACAGAGACAAUGAGAUCAGCAGUUUAGACCAGACAGUUUUUUAUCACAGAAUCAAAACCAACAGGUGGUCGCCUCUGUUCCAAUUACCAUCAUUAUGUGAAGACAAUCACAGAAACAUCACAGUCUGGAAUAUGUUUUUAGGUUGCUUUUAAAACUGAAACUUUCCAUUCAUGAGGAGUGGGACAUUGAGAUCGGGACGUCUUUCAGUUUCGACUGUUAGGUGGCAAAAGGAGUGUUUUUAUGGCAAAGCAUGAUGCCAUGUUGCUAAACUAGCUAACGUCAGUAGUACUAGCAAGUAGUAACAGUAACCUAAAUGGUUCCCUAACUUGUGUGUGACCAAUCAGAAUAGAUCACAGCACAGAGCCAUGUAAUAAUAUCAGUAUGGCUGAGAAGUGGAGAGGGGAAAAUGGAAGAGGGUUCAUCUUCAGGAGUAGCUUUAGUGAUUGAUGAUCCAUGUGUAAUAUCAACACUUGAUACAGCUCUAUAAUACACUUACAUACAAUGAAGAAAAUACCAUACAACUCUAACUGUACAUACAAAGAAUCUAAUUCUAAGGAAACUGCUUCAGAUCGUGUAUCGCCUUAUUACUUUUAUAUUAGUGAGAUUCUCAAAGUGCCCAGUUCAAUAUGUGUAUAUUUACACAACCUUAAUUUGUGCUCCGAUCACAAAUAUUAUAAACGCAAAACCUAUUUAUUGUCACAAAAAAAAAACAAUUGUGUCAUUGUAUAAAUAUUUAAUUUAUGUAUUCAUAGCCUCGCUCAUAAAGUGAACCUCUAAUGUAACUCCAUCCUGCACAUAUAUAGCAAAACAUCUAUUUUGUAACUCAUGAAAACUGCAUGGAUAUUAUCUUAGCACGCAUUAAAUGUGCGUCUGACUACCGCUUUCGUACCAAACAUUUGUGCGUUUUAGUUUUGCCUGUUUUUUUACGUUUUUAACGUCAGGGACAAAUGAUUAUUAUACCACAUAAUAUUUCACAUAUACACAUGCUAAUUACACUAGCCUGCUUAUCUCAGAUUGAAACAUCAGGUUUCUAAGCCAGAAUCGUGAGUCUUGGUUCCGUACAGGAUAAAUAUCUGCCCCAUAUGAAGGCAGAGGCUCAAGCUGAGUUCAAAUGCAAAACAAAUGCAAAACCCCACAUCCAUAUGCAAAGUAUGCAAAGAAUCAUAGAGGUUAAAUGUCAUGAAUUUGACUGUUGAAGAUCAGUUUCUUUAUAAUGUAUUAUACACACAGUACGUCAGAUAAGCACAGGCAAGAAUUCGGACAUAUAUCUCUGUACUGGGGAACAAAAGAAUUGAAAUUCAGCUCACUGAAAAUGGCAAAUAAUGGACAUCUAAGGGCACUUGUUGAGUUUCAUGAUCACCAACUCUUAAAUAUGUGAAUACGUCAUGCAAAUUAAAAAUGACAAACAUUUCAAAUCAACACUUACUUACUUAACGUUUUUUGGAAUGUUGUUUGUAUCCAUUCACCAUUAGACUCAUGGAAAACCAUAAAAAAAAAAACCUGUUAAACAAAUUUAUUUACAUAUAGUUUUUAAUGAAAUAUGUGAAAGCAAGAGUCUUACAUGUAGUCCCAACUAUGCUAAUGUUCAGUACAUGACCAUGAGUGUGAUAUUGUGCUUUUAUACAGCAGUUCUAUUAAUAAAAUUGAAUUUAGAGCAAAUGACAAUUCAGGCACAGUGAGGCCAAGCAAAGAAGCCAUAGCUGGUAUAGUGUUGUUGUAUGUUGCCAUGUCAACACGCAGAUUAGCUCACAACCAGACGUGCGUGUAGUAACAGGUUCGGUGUAGAAAACUAUUGCUUUAUGUAGUGAACACAGACAAGUAGAGUAAUACAAAUGGUGAAAUGUACCAGUGCUGUGCUAAAUAUCAGCACUGUUAUACAAUGAACACAUCGAACACGUGCCCUUAGACAUUCAUUAUUUGAAUUAAACGUUUUCAUACAUUUACAAUCAAGUUUUCCGAUUUGUGGAAUAAAACUUCAGUUCACUUCAACUUCAAUUACUAAUUAAAAAAAGGAAUCUGAAAUCGUGGAAUCUUAUCGGCUUAAGGCAACAGUGACAUCACAACACCGCACAGAAUGAAAGUUGUAAUACCAUGUGACUUGAAAAAUUGUGUGUAAGGUGAGAACAGGAGAUUUAGAUUUGUUUCUGUCGAGGGAUUUUACAAAACAGAUCAGUAUCAAGUUUAAAUAAUUUUUUUUUUUUUUCAAUAAAAAGAGAGAUAAAGCUAAUCAAAGAGAUUUCAUUUCUGUAUUGUGCUUAAGAUUCUAAUAAGACUUUUCUGAUUUCUGUCUCAUCAUAAAAUCUUUUGGACUAUUAUUAGAAUGUAACAGCUACAGUUUAUAUUUUGUGUGAUGUAGUUAACAUCACCGGUCCUACGUUGGCUGCUGGUAAACAUCAUGUACUGCACGCUUUAUACCCACGUGAUGAUCCACAAAAUGUUUCUGUUCACAGCUUUAUGUGUGUAUCAUGGCCAUUUUACUGUCAGCUCCAUAAAUAUGUGUACAAAACAAAUAAAAUCAUUGUGUCUGUUCA